AUGUCCACCGAUCGGAAUGCCCAUUCCAAAAGGUCUCCUUCGAUUUUGGUAACAGACUCCAGGCAAAACUCCGCCAGUGCUCCCUUUGCUGGUCACAGAUUGAGCCGAAAUAAUGCUAACAGGUCCCACCCAAGCUCUGGCUAUAGGGACGUAUCCGUGUCAGGAGUUCUCGGAAAUAGGAGUGACGUUCCAUCUUCUGAGAGAAGGGACCGACUGCCCUCUAUACUAGCAAAUAGACGUCCCAGUAGAAGUGGACGUUAUGAUGAUACAAUUAGAAAACAGAGGCAUGCUAGAGGAUUAACCCAAGAAUACAUGAGCAACGAGAUUCAACACAGGACCAUUCCGAAACUGUCUAAGACCCUACCCACAAGAACUUCCAAGAUCAAUGAAAAGCUGGUUUUAAUUCCUGAUAGUGAUGAAGAACUGCAAAAGUACAGAAAAGUCCACCAGCCUUUCAACUCUGAUCUCUACGUUAGAUCAACUGCGGAGGAGAUGUCAAAGGAGCAUAGAGCUCAGAAUUACCCGCGUGUCACGGCUUAUCUUGUUGCUAAUAGCUUUGAUCUCAAACUAACCGCAAAAUAUCUGGAAAAGGAACAUUUGGUGUCUCCAAGAAGGUAUAGUGAGGUGUUGUAUGUUCCUUACAGUUUGCCGUUGAUUCCAGGGUUGAACGGGGUUAGAGUUCGGUCGAAUGAUUCUGAGAAAGUCCAGGCUGGUAAGAUAUGGAUGGAGAACUAUAUUGAUAAAUCUGAACAAAAAGACCAUCAUUAUGAAUAUUAUUCUGGCGUUGAAUACGAGAGUGAUCAGGCAAUUGAUCCUCAAGGAAGAUCUGUGCCUUUAGAGUUUGACGAAGAUCAUUCCAAGUCUGCAGAGUUUGAUCCUUCAGAGCCUCAGUUCUUCCCAGAAAACAGCUCACCUCGUGACACUCCAAUUGAGCCCAGUUCAGAGGUGACAGAAGAAAAAGACACUGAAACCUUGAAAACCACUACCUCCAACGAAUCCCAGGUCCCAGAUCUCUCUAAGCACGCGGAAGUUUUCAUAUUUGAUUAUGGAACAGUUGUAUUUUGGAAUUUAAGUGAGUUGAACGAGAAGAAUAUUCUGGCUGAUCUUGUAUUUGCAAAGAUUCGUCCGGGAGAAUACGAAUUAAGCGAUGAUGAGGAUGAGGAUGAGGAUGAUGAAAUGGACGGUGUUAACCACGCUACAGAGGCCGCAACUGAAUCGACUCCCUUAAGUAAUUCCUAUUCACCCGCUCCAUAUUUACCACUGGCCAUAAAACCAGUCUCCGAACAGUACAUCGAAACCGAAGAGUUUCACUUCGAAUACAAUGUCAAUAUCACUACGCCCAGAAUUUACAACGACAUGAUCACGCUAAAGUCUGGAGAUCAUAUGAUUAAACUUGCUAUUUCCCAUGCUCUUGCACAAUCAAACAAAUUGUCACUCUUCGAAUCAAGAAUGUCAGUGAUUCUUACCAGCAUUUCUAGACUACCCAAAGCGCUUGCACUUACCGGAAAACUAGCCAACUACACCCGUAAAAAGGUUUUAAUAAAAACAGGAAAACUGUUUCAACUAAGAAAUGAAGUUAACUUGUCUUCUACAGUGCUGGACACUCCUGAGUUUUUCUGGUCCUUUGAACCUGCUCUGCAUCCAUUGUAUAAUGCCAUAAGGGACUAUCUCGAGAUUGAGCAGAGAGUUGAAGUGGUCAAUGACAGAUGUAAAGUGUUUUUGGACUUCUUCGACAUGGUUGCCGACUCGUUGGUGGAGAGGAAAGGUACAAGGUUCAUUUACUUCGUUAUUGUGGCUAUCGGAAUGAGCGUGAUUGUCGGCGGGUUUGAGAUCCUAAUAAGAUAUCUACUUAUCAAGAAGAACUCAAACUCAAUAUAG